AUGGCUUCAGCAGUGGGCGGUCAAGGCAGCGUCAGGAGCUGCGUCUUCUGCAAUGUCCGCGAGCCGAAAGAUGGACGGUUUCUGAACUGCCUGCACGUUAUUUGCGUGAGUUGCCUGCAAGAAAACGUGACUCCAGAGGGCUCCAUCGAAUGCUGUAUCUGCAAAGAAUUGACUGAACAGCGAUUUCCUGCUUUGGCCCUCAGCAAACAAUUGUUUCCCAGUCAUUCUAUCACGCUAGCAGAGCGUGCAGAUAAUGAGUACAGAUUUGCUGGCAACACUGGUCGAUCUGUGGAGUUAUUGGACGCAGGCGGGGAGACCAAGACGUGGUGUGAUUUCUGCGAGGACGCGAAUGUAGUGAAGCAACGUGCCACACAUGCUUGCAAUGAGUGCGACGGAGCACUUCUCUGUGAUGAGCAUGUUGAAGAACAUGGAAAGAUCAGGGUGUUCCGAAAGCAUGAAGUGAAGCCCUUGUCCACACUGUCGUCUGCUGGUGAAGGCGGCCAUUCUGCAAAAGUCAGUCAUUGUCCACUGCAUGCAAAACAGGAGUUGUCCAGCGCCUGUAAGACAUGCUGUGUACCAGUGUGUCAGCAGUGUCUAGUUAGAGGACACGAACAGCAUGACGUUGUGUCCUUGUCAGAGAGGGCAAAAUACUUGCAAGAAGGGCUGCUGAAGAAGUUUGGAGGCAGUGGCGAAUCAACUGCCCAUGCCUCGCACUCAACAGGUUCUCUGAACACCUGCCUCACGUUUAAUGUGGAGCACAUGAUUGGUCUCGCAGAGGAAGAGAUGUCGACCAUUAACGAUGAGGCCACAUAUGCAUCUCAGGUGAUAUCAGACACGUUUGAUACGGUGAGGAAGCUAGUACAGAAAGGUGAAGCAGAUCUGCUUGACAAUGUUGAUGCAGUGCGCUGGCAGCAGCAGAGACCACUGGAGAAGAAGCUACAACGGCUGACAACAAUGAAAGAGAACCAUAGCAGGGCUGCUGAUCUUGGUAAAUAUCUAUGUGAUUCCAGAUGCAGUGAUGCUGAUAUUGUGCGGCUGGCACCACUGGUUCAGAAGAAAUUGGAAUUGUUGAAGACCAACAUGAAGGCAGAGGAUCUAUCCACUGAUCCGCGACCUACUCUCCAAGCAACAGCUAUGCCAGCAGUGAUCGAGGAUCUUGCAGCUAAGCUUCGUUCGGCAGUGGCAGUGUUUGAAGACACAGGUAUUGAUUUGCAGAAAAUGACCAUCAGUAAACCUGAGAGAGUAACACAGAGAGAAGCCUUCGAUGUGACAUUGACAGUUCCCUGCGACCAGGACUCUGCUAUGUCCAGCAAGGUUUGUGACGAAAGGAUGCAGGUGACGCUUGUAUCUUCAAUGGGUGAACGGAAUCCUGCUGAUGUAUCAUCUGUCCAUACGCGUUCAUCCACCGAUAUUGUACUGCGGGCUCGUGCUACUGCAGAGAAGGCAGGAGAUUAUGUCUUGGAGGUGGAGAUCUUGUGA